AUGAGGGAGUACCUAAGUCUAGGUCACAUGCGGCCAAUUGAAGCAGAAUAUAGCGGUAAUUCCAUGGCAUACUAUCUGCCGCACCACCCAGUGAUAAAAGAAGCGAGUACUACGACCAAACUACGAGUCGUGUUUGAUGGAUCAGCGAAAACGUCAACGGGUUAUUCGCGCAAUGACGCUCUUUGUGUGGGUCCUGUAGUAAAGAACGAUCUUUUAAAGCAAAUUCUUCGUUUUCGUACAUAUCCGAUUGCAUUAGUUAGUGACAUUGCCAAGAUGUACAGACAAGUGGCGGUACAGCCGGACGACAUGCCCAUGCAGCGUAUUUUCUGGAGAUUUUCGCAAAAUGAACCAAUCCGAAUCUAUGAGCUAGCUACUGUUACAUACGGCCUCGCCCCAUCUUCCUUCCUCGCAGUGCUACAAGGAUUAGACGAAACGCAAAUCGCUACCAAAUCAACCGUGCAUUUCAGCCCAAACGAAACGAUUAAAACACUAGGAAUAUGUUGGGAGCCUGAAGCUGAUUGUUUGCGAUUUGAAUCAAACGCCGCUAGUGAAGUUGGGCCUCCCACGAAGCGAUUGAUUCUGUCCAGUAUUGCUAGAUUGUAUGAUCCGCUCGGCAUCAUCGCUCCUAUAGUUAUUAGAGCCAAAAUCUUAAUGCAAGAGUUAUGGCAGUUGUCUUGUGAGUGGGAUGACCCUGUGCCGGAGCCCGUUCAGCGAAAAUGGAAAGAACUUCACGCAGAGCUCCCGGAAAUAUCAUCAUAUCGCGUAAAGCGUUACGCUUUUCUGCCGCAUUCCGCGAUUCAACUACAUACUUUCGCUGAUGCGUCAGAGAUGGCCUACGGGGCUUGCUCCUACGUUCGAUGUGAAGAUGCGGAAGGAAAUGUACAAAUUCGAUUGUUAGCUCCUAAAUCAAGAGUUGCUCCACUUAAAAGCCUUACCGUUCCUCGUUUGGAACUUUGUGCGGCAGUAUUGGCAUCUCACUUACAUGCCCGCGUGAAGGAUGCAAUCGAUGCCUGCGUAGUAAAAUCCUAUUUCUGGUCUGACUCUGCCGUCACUUUGCAUUGGUUACGGUCGCCGCCUAAUGUGUGGCAAACGUAUGUUGCGCAUCGGUUAGCUGAAAUUCAGCAUUUUACCAGUGGUUGUCGUUGGAGCCACAUUUCUGGCAAAGAAAACCCCGCUGAUAUAGUUUCGCGUGGCCUGUCUGUAGCCGAUUUUCUUGUUAACGAUCUGUGGAAGUAUGGUCCUGCGUGGUUGACAUACUCUGAACGAGAUUGGCCAGUUUCCGUGCUUCCAACAGUCCCAGAAAACCAGCUUGAAUGUAAGGUAGUUUCCGCGAUUUCAACAACAUUGCCCGUCCCGCUCGUACACCCGUGGUUCGCAUGUGAUCGCCUAUUGCAUGCGGUUCGUCGUAAAUAUUCGUGCUAA